CUUUAUUGUGAACAGUUAUGUUUUUUCCAAUUGUUUUUGUUUGGUAAAGGCCCUUAUACAUCCUUUAUCUAGAAUUUAUUAUGUUCGACGAUUAUCGUUGUAUCAUAACUGUAUACACCAUGUGCUACUAAAUACGCAGCAAACAAAACCUAAUCCAAUUAUAAUAAUGUACCAACAUGAUAUAUAUUGUGCCAAUAUCUAGCACCAUCAGUCUGUUAUUAAAAUACGCUUAAUUGCCAAGUUGUUACAAUUAACUAUACUUUAACAUAACGCAGAUUACUGUAGGGGUUAUUUCGAUUACUAUUGGUCAUUAUGAAGUGCAUUUGGUUUGUGUUGCUUGUAGAGGUUAUCAGCGUAGUUGAUUCACAUCGACCGCUGACCAACGGGGGGAAUUAUGAACUCUCUUCGUUUUCCACGAAAGCUAAAUCAAUGGCAGAGGUGAUCUACAUGAUGUGCUUGCCCAAAGUUCCGGAUUACGUUAACGCAACAGCAAGACCGAGCAACCCAUCUUUGCCCCACAAGUUCAACCUGACCAUUCUUGAAAUUAAGAAACUCAGCUUUAUAGUUGAAAUAGAGCGAGUUGACCAAGCUACAGGGUGGGAUUGGAUGCCGAUAACUGUGGAUUGGUCCUCGUAUAUAGGUAAUGGAACGGUUUAUCGGAAUCUGAUCCUUUGGUUCCCUGAUGCUGCAGAUAUAAGAGGAAUGAACCGUAACACAGCAUCGAAGUCCUGCAUUGACAAUGGCGGUCGAUUGGUGGAUAUUGUGGAUAAAGCGAUGUACGACGUGGUUUAUAACUACAGUCGACAAACCAUCGUAUUCGGAUCAAUUCCUUGGGUUGAUAUUUGGCUCGGUUCAAGUUACAACCCAGCGACUGAUACAGUGACGCAGAGCAACGGGAAACCUGGUUAUCAUGGAGAUUGGAUCCCUGGUUAUCCGUGGAGAGGAAGUAGAUACGAGACGUACACCGGAUUGUUGCUUGACAUCAAACCACCAGGUUACACCAGCACCCACCACGGAAUGUUUAAUUAUCGCCCGACAUGGGAUUCUGCGGCCGUUACACAAUUAUGUUCAACUAACCUAAUAUAACUUAGUUAGCAUAAGUUGGAUGGCGAAUGAAUUAAUAUUUGAAUGGAUGAAUGUAACGUAUAUACAAGGGUCGAAUUAGUAGCGUGAAAUAACAAAAAAAACAUCUGGAGUAAAAAAUUAUUAAUAUUUUAAAAAUAAAAUUGAGAAGGAUAUUCGGUUAAAUGUUUAAAAAUAUCUCCCAGCGUAAAAUUGGUUAUUUUCUAUGAAGCAAACGCAUUUUUAAUCCUAACAAGUUAAAUGUAAAUUUUAUUGUGAUAAUAAUCGACGCAACAAUUGCUUCUAUGUUGCAACAAUGACUAAGCAUUUAAUGGGGAUUUCCCAAUAAAGAGAACGAAUAUAAGAAAACUUUUUUCC